AUGUUAUAAACAAAUGAUAAUGUUAAGAAUCAAGAUGAAAUAUUUGAACCCUAACUAAUCACAAAGGAUUUUAGAAUGUAUCUUAACACCAAAAAUGCAAAAAUAACAAAAAGUGACGAACAUCUCUAUUUUUAAAACAAGAAGGAUGAAUUUUUAAUUAAAAAUCAUUAUUAUUUGUUCAAUCAAUAUCUUGUCAAGAAGAAUAAAUUUAUUAAUUUUGAAAAUUGUUAGAUAAGUUGUGAUGAAACAAAAUCAUGCUAAUUAUAUGAUUCUUUCAUUUUAAUGUAAAAAUAAGGAAAAAAGCUUCUAAUUUAUGGCAAAAUAGAAUCCUUGCUUAAGUGGUUUGAUCAUUUAAAACAUUAUGCUAUUUAAAGAAAUUUCAAAAAAUAAUUUAAAAAAUGCGAAUUAUUCGGUAGAGGUUCAUAAGCAAAGGUUUUUCGAAUUUUAAAUAUAAAAACAGGGUAAACUUUUGCAACAAAGUAAUUUGACAAAAAUAAAUUUUCGGAAUCUUCCUUGGUAUUAUAAAUAUAUCAUUUUAGUCUCAUUUGCUUAAGGAAAUAUCAAUUCUUAGAUAAUUGAAUCAUGAUGGUAUUACAAGACUAUUUGAAGUUUUUGAAAAUAAAAAGAAAAUUUAUAUUAUAUUAGAAUGUUUGAAUGGUGGUGAGUUGUUGGAUUAAAUUCAAUCACCAACAUACAAAUAUAAUGAAUAAUUUGUCAUGGAUUUUGCAUCUAAUUUAUUGAAAAUCAUAGAUUAUAUUCAUUAAGCAGGAAUCAUGCACAGAGAUUUAAAACCAGAAAAUUUAAUUUUAAAAGAUUCAAAUAAUUACACAGAUUUUGCAAUUGCUGAUUUUGGAUUGGCUGAAUUUUACAAGAAUGAUGUUUAAUACUUGGAAAAAUGUGGUACAAUAGGAUAUAUAGCACCGGAAGUCUUAAGAAAUUAGCCUUACAAUUAAAAGAUUGAUAUUUAUUCAAUAGGAGUUAUUUUAUAUACAUUAUUUACAGGUUCUUUACCGUUUGCAGGCAAUUCAACAUUAGAAAUUUAUUAAAAUAAUUUGUAAGCAAACGUAAAUACAUCACAAUUAGAAUAAAUCAAUAUUACUGAAAAGGCAAAGUAAUUUGUCUUUAGUUUAUUGAGUGAGAAUCCUGACAAGAGACCCACAGCAUAAGAGGCUUUAAGACAUUAAUGGUUUAGAUUACCUCCUAGUUUAACAAAUAAUUUAAUCCUUUCAACAUAGACUAAUCUAUCUGGACAUAAAAAACAUCAAAAGUUUCUGAGCAUAAAAUGUACAUCACCAUUGUGGUAUAAAUCAAAGAUGAAAGACUGCUUGUUUGAAGAUAGUGAUGACUCUAUAUAUAAUGAAAAAAUUUAAGUUGUUAAGGACAGUAUUGUUUUUAAUGAUGAAGAUGAUGCUGAAUUAAUGGAUGAAGUAGAAAAUUAAACUAAUUAAAUUCAGUUAUCUGCAAGACAAUGUGAAAAGUAUUACUUUUCCAACACAAAAAUUAGAUUAUUAAAUGAAAAAAGGGAUUAGGGAUUAUUUUGA